AUGGAAAUUGGAAAACAAACUCCUAUUCAGCAAGUCAUGUCAAAGAUAACUCUGAGCAUUGAGCUUCAAGUGGCACUUGCUGGAGAUGGCUUGUUCAGGCCCCGACGUCGGAGACCGGAGACGGGGGACAGGAUAACUCCCACUCCCCACCCCACCCACAAGCCCCGGGGCUGGACCACGCAGGAUGUGAAGCUGGGGGUCCCCUCGCUCCCGCAGGGCAAAGAAGAUACCGAGGAAUGGACCUACCCUAUGAGAAGAGAGGUGCAGGAAAUUUUACCUGGAUUGUUUUUAGGCCCAUAUUCUUCUGCUACGAAAAGCAAGCUACCUAUACUACAGAAACAUGGAAUAAACCCUAUAAUAUGCAUAAGACAAAAUAUUGAGGCAAACUUUGUUAAAUCAACCUUUCAACAACUGUUUAGAUAUUUAGUCUUGGAUAUUGCAGAUAAUCCAGUUGCCAAUAUAAUACAGUAUUUUCCCAUGAUUAAAGAAUUUACUGAUGGAGAAAAAGUUCUUGUCCAUGGAAAUGCAGGGAUCGCCAGGAGUGCUGCCUCUGUUAUUGCAUACAUUAUGGAAACAUUUGUAAUGAAGUACAGAGAUGCAUUUGCUUACGUUCAAGAAAGAAGAUUUUGUAUUAAUCCUAAUGCUGGAUUUGUCCAUCAACUUGAGGAAUAUGAAGCCAUCUACCUAACAAAAUUAACAAUACAGAUCAUGUCAGCACACAAGAUAGAAAGGUCAUUAUCUGUUCAUUCUGGACUCACAGGCAGUUUGCAGAGAACACAGGAAAAAAAAGAUGGUUUGGGAAACAUGCACGUGGUGACUGCAAAGAAUGGCCGACUCAAGAGCAACAUUAUAGGGGAUGUGAAUUUCUAUUUGGGAAGGAGAAAAUACUAG